UUGUUUUUAUCGAGAAAGAGAGGGAGAGAGAGAAGAUUUGAGCUUUGAAUGCUUCUCCCUCCUUCUCCAAGCGGCGCCUACACUACGCGCCUUUCUCUUUCGCUCUUCCUGCAAUGCUCAAGGUUGCGAUAUUCAAUUGCAGUUCCCCAUUUGAAGGCCAUAAUUGCAUUUAAAACUCUCGCUUUUUUUUGUCCCUUUCUUUCGAUUUUGAUCCAACCACAAUACAUCUCGUUUCAAUCAGACUCCCACGUCUGAUCGAUUCCCCCCCCCCCCAAGAAAUGGCUGCUUAUAGGGCCGAUGAUGAUUACGAUUACCUGUUCAAGGUGGUGCUAAUUGGCGACUCCGGUGUUGGCAAGUCCAAUCUCUUGUCUAGAUUCACCAAGAACGAAUUCAGCUUGGAAUCCAAAUCCACAAUUGGGGUUGAAUUCGCUACCCGUAGCGUUCAUGUCGAUGACAAGAUUGUGAAGGCGCAAAUUUGGGACACAGCAGGCCAAGAAAGAUACCGAGCAAUAACAAGUGCAUACUAUCGAGGAGCUGUUGGUGCCUUGCUUGUUUAUGAUGUGACCAGACACAUUACUUUUGAUAACGUGGAGAGAUGGUUGAAGGAGCUUCGGGAUCACACAGACGCCAACAUUGUGAUCAUGCUUGUGGGAAAUAAGGCAGAUCUUCGUCACCUGCGUGCUGUGUCGACUGAUGAUGCCAAGGCAUUUGCUGAGAGAGAGAACACCUUCUUCAUGGAAACCUCAGCCCUUGAGUCCUUGAAUGUGGACAAUGCUUUCACAGAAGUGCUCACUCAGAUAUAUCAUGUUGUUAGCAAGAAGACUCUUGAGAUUGGGGAUGAUCCUGCUGCAUUACCCAAGGGACAGACAAUCAAUGUCGGAAGCAGGGACGAUGUCUCAGCUGUUAAGAAUGCUGGAUGCUGCUCGGCUUAGUUUGGAGAUGGAAAAAGGGAAGGAUUUGACAGCAUCCUUAUCUGUUUCAUCUGAACUAAUAAUCAACAACAUGGGAUCUGUUAAUAUUUACAUUUUUCCCCUCUGAGCAUUGUUUGGUGAUGAUAUAUAGAAAUGGCGUUCUUUGAAAGAUUAUACCAAAGUUUACUGUUUUCAUGCGAAAUGAAAAUUUCCAUGUUUGAAGACAA